AUACAAGUUCAGUGUUAAGUGAGCGUGCUUUGUGCGCGCGCAUGUCAGCCAUUUUUGUAUUCGAAUUUUAAAUUUGCCGCGCUUGUGUUGUGAAUUGUGAAAAAUCAUUUGUCUAUGGAAUUGUUUCAGUGAUUUCCUGAAAUAAUUGAAAGAUUCGGGUUGCAGUAAUAAUUCAGAUAAAAUUAAGAUGCCUGCGUACGAUAAUGAAGGAGCGACGAUAUCCGUCGAGGAUAUUCGCGAUGCCCAGCUGGCCAAGAUAGACGAAGAUCUGGCGACGAGGAGGAACAGAAUGCUAAAACCCCAGAAGUCUACGAUUGCUUCUAGAAAACGCCAAGCAGUCUGCGUGCGACGUGCUCACAAGAAAUACGGGCCAAAAAAUAAUCCAAAUGUCAUUUUGGAUGGGUUGAAUAUGACAGUUCCUAAAGGUGCCAUCUACGGUCUUCUGGGUGCAUCUGGAUGUGGAAAGACAACCCUUUUGUCCUGUAUUGUUGGCAGACGAAGAUUGAAUUCUGGAGAAAUCUGGGUGCUUGGUGGAAGACCUGGGGGGCCCGGCAGUGGAGUUCCUGGGCCAAGAAUUGGUUAUAUGCCACAGGAAGUCGCUUUGUUCGGAGAGUUCUCCAUGAGAGAGACAAUGAUAUAUUUUGGAUGGAUAUCAGGGAUGUCGACGAAAGAAGUUGAGGAGAAAGUUGACUUUCUUGUCGAUCUACUGCAGCUGCCAAACCCUGGAAAGCAGGUGAAGAACCUGUCAGGUGGACAGCAGAGGAGAGUUUCACUGGCUGCUGCGUUGCUACAUGAACCUGAGUUGCUCAUCCUCGAUGAACCAACCGUUGGAGUGGAUCCUGUGCUCAGACAGAGCAUCUGGGACCAUCUGGUUGAAAUUACAAAAGGAGGGAAAACCACUGUUAUAAUUACCACACAUUACAUCGAUGAAACGAAACAGGCAAACAUUAUUGGACUUAUGCGAGGUGGAAGAUUCUUGGCCGAAGAAUCGCCGAUGGAGUUGAUGAGACGGUAUCAAGCGGACAGUUUGGAGGAUGUGUUCCUCAAGCUGUCUGUGAUGCAGAACAUGGGCAAACGCCGUCGGUCAAGCAUAUUGGCCGACAUUGUCGAAAAAGUUGAAAUACCAGCCAUACCUGAUCCCACAGCUUUAGACAUAGAAGAUGGUGACAUAGGCGAGAUAUCUGGCGAAUUCGGUGAUAACGUAUCAAUGAGUAGCAAGGGUAGGAGUGUGGUUGCUGAUCUGACGUUACCAGUGGAAGCAUUACCUCCAGACGAUGAUGAUCCUAAAGGAUAUAUCGAGAGGAUUAAGCCAAUGAAGUUGCAUCAUAUGAAGGCUUUGAUAUGGAAGAAUUUCUGGAGCUUAUUUAGAAAUUUCGGGCUUCUAUCAUUUAUCAUUGGUCUACCCCUGUCACAAAUGGUACUGUUUUGUCUCGCAAUUGGCCACUAUCCUGUUGGACUUCCUGUGGGCGUGGUGAACCACGAAGUGCCGAACAUAACGCAUGGUGUCUGCUCUUACAACAAGGACAUUUGCCCAUAUAUCGACGAGACGUCCGAAUGGAAUUUGACCAGAUUUAGCUGCAACUAUCUGGACUUUUUGAGUAGGCGGCAAUCAAAUUUGAUCUACUACCCAACAAAAGAAAUUGCGAUGGCAGAAGCAGUUCGCGGAAAAUCCCGUGCCGUUCUCGUCUUUCCUGCUAAUUUCUCCCAAAGCUUGCAGGAAAGAAUGAAAGAUCCAAGACACGCAAGCAAUUAUACUGUUGACAGCUCUGAAAUAGAAGUUCAUAUGGAUGAUACAGAUAAGCAAGUCGAAUGGAUGCUGAAUCGUGAUAUACAACUGUCAUUAAUGGAGGCCACAGAACACUUGGCUACUAUUUGCGGUCUACCUAAAAAGCUUCUCUCUAUACCUGUAACUUUCCAUGAACCAAUAUUUGGCUUAGAAGUGCCAAAUUUCACUGACUUCGCUGGACCGGGAGUUAUACUUACGAUUAUUUUCUUUUUGGCUGUCGCGUUGACUUCUGGAGCCAUGUUGGCGGAAAGAAAUGAGGGUAUACUUGAACGAUCAUUGGUCUCUGGUAUAACAGGUACGGAGAUUCUGUUCUCGCACGUGCUCGUCCAGAUGAUAGUGAUGAUCUUCCAGACUUCUAUGGUCCUCAUCAUGGGCUUUGUCUUCUUCGACCUGACUAUCAAGGGACCCGUCGGUUGGGUCACAGUUCUGACUCUCAUCAACGGUCUUUGUGGAAUGACAUUUGGCUUCGUGGUGUCAUGUAUUUGUGAUACAGAGAGAACUGCUACGUACUUAGCCCUGGGAUCUUUCCUUCCCAUGAUAAUGCUUUGUGGUAUCAUCUGGCCAGUUGAAGGUAUGCAUACAAUACUGCAAUGGGUCAGCUACUUCCUGCCACUCACAAAAUCAACAGAGUCAUUACGCUCAAUGCUUCAGCGAGGCUGGUCGAUAUCCGUCCCAACGGUCUACUCCGGUUUUGUGUCAACUUCAAUAUGGAUCUUCGUCUACCUUACUGCCAGUAUACUUCUUAUUAAAUUUAAGAAAGGUUAAGGUAUCCCCUUUCUUUUUAAGUUCUUUUUAAAAUUUGUAACCAAAAUUUAUGAACAAUGCGGGACUCGAACCCGCGACAAUUUGUUAAAUUGUUUAAAUUUGAAAGAGCGACAUCUCAAGUCAAUUUCGUAAUAUGCAAUUAUUGGCAUUGAGCAAGUAAUACCUGUAGAUAGAGCCACAACCUGGGUAAUGAACAAGACAUACCAAGACUUACGAACCAUGCGUCACUCGAACGGUUAGCUCAGUUGGAAGAGCGCUCGGCCGGAACCCGACAGGUCGCGGGUUUGAUUCCCGCAUCGUUCAUAAAUUUUGGUUAAGGUAUAUUACUUUAAAAACAAAUAAUUGUUAAGUAUUUGUAUAAAAUUUCGUAACGUCAAAUAUAUAUGAUAUACUAUAUAUAACUAUUUUAGCUAUUGACAAAAUUGUUUGUGAGCUUUUUAAAAUUAAUCUUAUUUUACAGUCGAAUUUUAAUUGACUUAAUAAUUAAUUUGCUUCCAAGAAAACAACAUUGUAUCAAGGUCGUAUUAUUAAGCAUUGAAUUUUAAUCAUUCGAGGUGGAAUUAUAACUAAAUACCGUAUCGUAUAUAUUGGCUAUUUCUAACAUAUUCCACUGUCGCAUUUACAUGCUUGCCAAAGCUUGGUAGCCACAUUUGUGCGAACAGGCGUGUUUGGGCUUGUCAUGCAUGAGUAAGAGAAUCAACUAGACGCUUUAACAUAUUCAUGAUUUGUAUUGCCAAGCGUAUAAAUACAAUAUUUCAGAAUAAGUGACCGAAAACGUAUAUAAUAAUUCGUAAAUAUUCACGCAGGGGUUACGUAACAGGGCACACAUUUCCAAUAAUUGCUCUGUUUUCAUAAUUAAUACCAAAUAUCGUAAUAUGCUAUAGUAAAUUUAUUUAUAUCCUGUUCUAAUAAAACAUUGCUAUUUUUAAUGGUAAUUCGCACUACACACUCCCUUCUUUAGCAAAGAAAAUAGAGACAGAGAGAGAAAUAUUGAUUAAUCUGAUCUUGUAGAUCAGGUUGAUUAACCCCUCAAUUUAAAACGUUAAGACGGAACUCUGCGUACAGAGAAGUGAGGCAGGUUCUCUAAACAUUUGGUCUGUGGGUCGUUAUUAUGUUAUUUAAAAUUAUAAUAAUAACUUAAUAUAGAAAUAUGACUUCUCUUCGAUUGAGUGAUUGAUUAUAAAUAACAAAUGAAAAUCAGAAAACAAUAGUCCUACAAGUUGACAUUUUAAUUUGAUUUUCAUAAUACCGAGUAUAUAUUUAAGUGUUUUUUGAUAUAAUGUAUUUUGUAUGUACAUUAGUGUUUGUGUUUCAUAAUACCAAAAAUCAUAUACUUUUCUUGUAUUUGAUUGCUGGGGAAUUUUAAGUAUGAUAAUACAACUGGUUUAAAUAUAAAAUAUAAUAUCUUAAAGAUAAGUCGAUUAAAGACUAGAAUAUUAAACUUUUCGUAAACAAUAUUACUGCUAUAUGUAUUUUAAAAAUCUUCGUCAUUGAACCCGCAUAAAAUAUUACUUAAAACAAUAUCAAAGUUAGAUCUUAACUUUUACAAUAAAUAAAUUUAGGCUUAAAGAUCUGAAUUUAUAUUUGUUAAACUUUUCCCUUUUAACUUUGUAGAUUCGGAAACGUUUAUCUCUGCUACAAGCAGAAUUUUUAACAAUAAUUUGUGUAACAAAAUUAAAUUUAAUGUUUAGGUAGGCCGUUAUUAUAAUGAGAUCGACCUACUGAUAUUUAUAAUUAAGUAUAUUGUGAUAUUUCUAAAUUAUAUAAAUUACCACAGGUUAGGGCUAUAUGUAGUUGUUAAGUUUUUUGGUAUUUUGAAUAAUUAUGGCUGUAUUAUAUCUAGAGUAUGGGGUUGGUUGUGACUGUUAUAUUGUAGUUUAGUAUUAAUGUAUUAAAUAUGAAUUUAAUUCACGAUGUUACCAAGCAUUCACUUUAAUAAAUUGCAAUUUAUUGAUAAGUAGCUCUUCGUGACUGUACAAUUUUAAUUCACAUAGGUGUAGAAUAUAUUGGUGAAUUCUAUUUAAGUUUUGCCAUUGUAUAACUUAUGAUGAAAGGUCCAGACGAGAAAAAUGUAGAUAAAAGUGACACAAAAUAAUUUCAAUCUGGUGUUUUCACUGUCCGAGUGCACUCGUGCUUACAGUGUACGAGUAGCUUAUGAGUUGUCGUCCGAGUGCACUUGUGCUUACAGUGUACGAGUAGCGUCUGAGAAGCUAUACGAGUGCACUCGUCCUUACGCUGUUCGAGUAGAAUCUAAUUAGUAAUUUGAGUGCACUCGAUCACAGAAUAAAGAGUGUACUCGGACUGUGAAACCCACAUUUUAGGCUUUGUAUUGGAUAUAGAAAUUGGUUGUAAAUAACUAAGUAAUUUUGUCAAUGCUGUCGUGUCUUUUAAUAUAUAAUAUCUGAAUGAUCGUGAUCUUUGUUCGAUAUUUAUAAUUUUAAUCAUUAAACUAUUAAUGUUACCAUAGCGUUAAAUGAAAGGGAUAAGCUUAGCCGAGUUUGCCAUUAAUUUACUGUAUUUAUUUUUUAUCAAAUAUUAUUAUUUCAUUAGAGUAAUAAAUACUUUGUACAAAUUAACGCGUGGUCUGCUCAAUUUAUCUGAUAAUUAGAAUAUAAUGGAAAAUAAAGAAUAUUGAUACAG